CUGCAGGGGGCAGCGGUGCGCCUGCGCUGAGUUUAGUCUGCCAGGAGAAGAAGAAAACCCACUCAAGGUUUAUUGUUAGCUUAACUCCUCUGAGGGCUGGAGUGGAAGGCGGUGGGGUUUUCUUUCUUACCCUGUUUCAGGCCCGUGUUUCCGCAGGUGCAGUAAUGAUGACCUUACAUCGGGACCUGAGACGGUUUAUUAACGGCCGACUAACUGCUGCUGCCGAAGAAAUAUUCCUGGAGUUUGAAAAAACGAUCGUCCAGUACGAGGAAGUGAUCGACCGUCAGCGCAGACUGCUGGAGAUCACCUGGAAGCCUCAGAUAAAGCUCCACAGAAUAGGCCUCCCACAGCACCAUGACUCCAACAGGGAGAAACUUCCUACAGAGCAGGAGAAGCUCUCCAGCCUGGAGCAGGAGUCACAACAUGAUCGUAAUAAGGACGAGGCUCCUUCUGAACAGGAGACCUCCAGCCUGAAGCUGGAUCCUCCUCAGCAACUUGACUGUAAUAAGGAACGGGUUCUUCCUGAGCAGGAGGGGAACUCCAGGCUGGAGCAGGAACCUCUGCAGGUUAAAGAGGAACUGGAAGAACUCCACACCAGCCGGGUGGAUGCAGCGCCUCUGCAGAUUAAAGAGGAGCAGGAGGAGCUCUGCACCGCCUACGAGGCAGAGCACCUUAUAGUGAAGGAGGAGGACGAUACCUUAAUGGUGACUCUUACUUACGGGGAAAGUGACAGUGAAACAGAGCCAAUCAGCGAGCAGCUCCUGUCUCACAGCCCGCCUGCAGCCGAGAGCCGAGAUCAGGAAGAGGGCACGAACGCAGCCUCGGGAUCGGGCGCAGAGCCAAAGCCAACGAAGAGACUCGCUAAAAGCAGAAGUGACAGUGCAGAGCGCGCUCCCAUGUCAGAGAGUCAGGGUAAUACGGACGCAGGUAAAAAGCCUUUGAAAUGUUACGUUUGUGAGAAAGUUUUUAAGGAUAAGUCCCAAAUUAAAAGACACGUCAGGAUCCACACGGGCGAGAAGCCGUUCGCGUGCAGCACCUGCGGGAAGAAGUUCUAUCAGAUAUACUUACUGAAAUAUCACGAAAGGACUCACACGGGCGAGAAGCCGUACUCCUGCAAAAUAUGUGCGAAAAAGUUCAGGUGUAGCGACAGUCUGUUGGUCCACAUGAGAAUCCACACGGGCGAGAAGCCGUACGGGUGUAAAACGUGCGGGAAGAGAUUCAUCUGCACGUCAAACCUGAAGAGCCACACGAGGAUCCACACGGGCGAGAGGCCGCAUUCCUGCAAAACCUGCGGGAAGAGCUUCACUCAGAGGGGCAGCCUGACCGUCCACAUGAGGACGCACACGGGCGAGAAGCUGUACUCCUGCAAAGCGUGCGGGAAGCGUUUCUGUCAGAGCGGGACGCUGCUGAUCCACAUGAGGACGCACACGGGCGAGAAGCUGUACUCCUGCAAAGCGUGCCGGAAGCGUUUCUGUCAGAGCGGGACGUUGCUGAUCCACAUGAGGACGCACACGGGCGAGAAGCGCUACUCUUGUAAAAUUUACCUCCGACCGCGACGCCUCUCCGAGGAUGAGGAGGUUCUCGUGAACCAGGAGAGGGACUCCAGCCUGAACCAGGAGGAACCAGCAGCUCGACGGAUCAAAGAGGAGGAGGAGGAGCUCAGCAUCAGUCAGGAGGGAGAGCUGCUCGUUCUGGACGAGGACGGCGACACCAUCAUGGUGACCGUUACGUACGGGGAAAGUGACGACAGCGACCCAGAACCGGAGCGGGAGCAGCUCCCCUCUCACAGCUCUCCCGUGGCCGAGAGCCGACGUCAGGACAGAGGCAACCACGUGGACUCGGGAUCGGCUGUGCAAGCGAUGUACAACAACGUGGACAACGGCCUGAUAUUUAGCGGCCCUGUUUACAUGCAAAGCUUUAGGAAUGAACCUCUGAUGAUGCAACAAGACAUAAGCGACCCGGACGAGAAGCCGUAUCCCUGCAAAAUAUGCGGGAAACACUUUCGUAAACGCUUUAAUCUGGAGAUCCACAUGAGGGCUCACACGGGCGAGAAGCCGUUCUCGUGUAACGUGUGCGGGAAAGGUUUCACUCGGAAGGACAGCGUGAUCCUGCACAUGAGGACCCACACGGGCGAGAGGCCGUUUAUCUGCGGCUUCUGCGGGAGGCGGUUCGGUCGGAAGGAUAAUUUGGCGUCCCACAUGAGGAUCCACACCGGCGAGAGACCUCAUUCCUGUAAAAUUUGCGGCAAAAGUUUCUGCCAAAGUAACGACUUGUUGCGCCACACGAGGACUCACGCCGCCGAGAAGCCCGUUCCCUGCGACAUAUGCGGGAAAAGAUUUCGGGACGCCUCGACGAUGAAUUUUCACAAAAAGAGGCACAAGUGAGAAGUCCCGAAGUGUUCAGGACUGAAAGGGAAAACGGUUUAGUCUUUGUACAAGUAAAACACAUCACGUGUGUCACGUCAUAGCUCUCUACCUCUGCUACAUGUGGGCUGUUUGGACACAUUUUGUCUUCCUGGGUGUUCUGUGACUGCGUCAACUUUGAAUCGUUUUACAAUUACGAGACGUUGCUGACCGUGGGUACAAACUUUAUCUUCCUCUGUCCGGAUUAUGUUUGCUUUCGUCUGCAGCCGCAUGAGGGUGAGGAUAUCUGUGCUGUAAGCAAAAGGUCAGAGUCUGCGUGAAGGUGUGGUCAGAAUAUCUGAAGUAUGAAAGUGCUCCCAGUGGAAGGACGGCCCCAGAAAUGGCGUGGUGAUACAGACGUGUUGUGCAUUAAGUGCCAUGGAAGUUUCUGCAGCAUCAGCAGAGGUGGCUGAAUUCUCCGGAUACUAAGGAAAGGUCAUACAGUGCUUCCUUCACUACGUCCUUCAGCAGAGGAUCCUUCAGGGCACAGGUGUCGACCUCCAGGCCUCGAGAGCCGCUGUCCUGCAGGUUUUAGACGUGUCCUUGAUCCAACACAGCUGAUUUAAAUGGCUGAAUGAUCUCAUUAACAUGAGGGCUGGUAAUUAACCAAUCAACCUAGCCCUAACUAACCCUGACCCAGGGUGAGAUCUAAAACCUGCAGGACACCGGCCCGCGAGGCCUGGAGGUCGACACCCCUGCUUUAGGAAAACGAGACGAUGCCGUCCCGUUUCGGGAAACGAGCGAUCGAACCAAGCGACGCGGCUCAGAUCAUGAAAAUGUUAAUCCUGUGUUUUCCAUUUUAUUCUGAUUCGUUUGACCCUUACAGGCUGUGAUGAACCCUCAGCUGAAGUAUGAUCAUCAUAUUGUGAUAUAAAUAAAAUCUGCUUCUUGUAAA